GACGAAUGAAACAUUCAAGACUGGUCUCUGGUGCUGUGAAUGAGAAAUCGAGAAAGAAGUGGAGCAGCUAAAGUGCAGCGCCUCCAAUUCAAAGUAUAAUGUUACUACCUUCAGAAAAGGUUGUCAACUUCAUGUUUUUAUAUGGAGUGCCAUUUUCCAAUAUGGCCAAUGCUAGCCAAGCUGCCAGCAACCAGGAGAAGUGGUCCAAUAUGACCUUGGUGCAGCGGCACCCUCUGUCCUCCUGGUAUCAGAGAUCUCAUUGGCAUGGCAACAGCAAGCCAGGCGCUACACAUUUUCCACAAAGACGUCUCACACCACUGUCCUUCUCCAAACUUGUCUAUUCUUUUCAAGUGAAAGAGGACACACAACCAGGAACGAUAGUGGGGAACGUGGAAGUAGGAGAGCCUAGCAAAGGAUCGACAAACACCAUCUUCUCUGUGUUGGAGGACGACGGGGAGGGCCUGUUCCUGCUCAGCCGUCUCUCCGGUGACUUUCUGUUGUCACGCUCCCUGGACUACGAAACCCAGAGACUCUACAUCCUGACAGUGGUAGUGAAGCACAGGGACUUAGGGGCCAGCAGAGUCCGGGUCUAUUUUAAUGUGCUGGAUGUCAACGAUAACCUUCCAGUGUUCAGACUGGACUCUUACUCCGUCUCUGUACCAGAGGACAGCCCUGUUGGAACCUGUUUCCUUGAUCUCAAUGUCUCUGAUGCGGAUGACGGUAUGAACGGAGAGGUGGACAUAGAAGUGACAGGCGAAGAUGGCGACACUACAUUCUCGGUCAAUCCAGACGGUGCUCUCUGCCUAAACAUAGAGUUAGACAGAGAGAGCAGCUCAGACUACCGUCUGACAGUCCAGGCUAGCGAUCGUGCUCUGUCCAUUUCUAGACGCCUGACUGCCACAGCACGUGUUGUCGUCAAUGUAGACGAUAUAAACGACAACAUGCCGUCUUUCACGUCAGCCGGUAGUGUCACCAUCCCAGAAGACACUGCUCUCCAGGCUGUUGUCAUGGUGAUACAGGCAGUGGAUGUGGACUCAGGAUCCAACGGGGACGUCGUCUACACCCUGGAGGACACGUCAGUCAGCGUGUUCAGUAUCAACAGUACUAAUGGUCGUCUGUACCUGCAGCAGCCUCUGGACAGAGAGCAGUUGGAUACGCUGACUGUCACUGUGACAGCCACAGACAGAGGCUCUCCUCCGCUGGCCUCCUCUAUGAACCUAGCAGUGCAUGUAGAGGACAUCAACGAUCACAACCCAGAGUUCCCACACAACUACUACAGCCUGGCAGUCCGAGAGGAUACCCCCAGAGGAAGCAGCCUGUUGCAGCUCCGUGCUCUGGAUGGGGACAUUGGCUAUAAUGGACAGGUGCGCUAUCAGCUGUCUCAGGGGAGUCCGUUCCUGGUGGACUCAGUCCGAGGUGUCAUCUCCCUGAUAGACAGGCUGGACAGAGAGAGAGACUCCUUUCACCUGCUAGCCAUCACAGCCAUGGACCAGGGCAGCAUGCCCAGGUCAGCCACUGCUGUGGUCAACAUCACUGUCCUAGAUGUCAAUGACUGCAGCCCGCUGUUCUCUCCAGACACACUGACGCUCCAUGUGUUGGAGAACGGCAGAGACCCGUCUCAGCUCACCCACCAGGUGUCAGCUAGGGAUGAUGAUCUAGGGGUGAACAGCCAGAUGAGGUACUUCAUAGAUAGAGACUGGGAGGGUCUCUUCUCUCUGUCGCCAAACGGCACCUUUCACAUACUACAGAGCCUGGACAGGGAGGUGACAUCUCUCUACAAGUUAGACAUCAUGGCUGUCGACUCAGGUUUGCCGCCUCUGACAGGGACUGUGACAGUCCAUGUUGUAGUGGACGAUAUGAAUGACAACCAGCCAGUGUUUAGUGAGGAGGUCUACACCACCAUUGUCUAUGAGGAUAGCCCUGCAGGCACAGUGUUUGCCAUGGUCACAGCCUAUGAUGCGGAUGAAGGUGUCAAUGGACAAAUAAGGUACUCCAUAGAGAGUGCCGAUGGACCCUUCUCUAUUGAGGACACGUCUGGGGAGCUGUUGACCACUGGCGUGCUGGACAGGGAGGCGGUGGCAAUCUACAGACUGACUGUGGUGGCCAGGGACACACACCCCACACAGCAGCUGUCCAGCUCUGUACAGGUGUCUGUCCUGGUUGCGGAUGUCAACGACCACUGGCCUCAGUUUCUCCACAGCCCCUAUGUGGCUAACAUGCCGGCUGGAUCUGCUCCGGGGUCUGUUGUGUGUGCGGUGAGAGCAGUGGAUGGGGACUCAGGGAUCAAUGCACAGCUUCACUUCUUCUUAUACGGGCAGAACACUGGCCAGUUCUUCAUCAGCCCACACAGGGGAACCAUUUUCACCACUGGUGCCCUCGCAGGGACAAACGACUUCACUAUCAAUGUGCACGUGGAAGACGGGGGGAGACCAUCCUAAAUUUGACACAACAACUGUUACCAUCAGAUUUCAGAAUGCCUCAGAGUUCCCCACAGUUGGUGUAGAUGUUCUCAGACCAUCUCUCUCUGAAGAGGACCCAGAGGGAACCUUGGUAGCUCUGGUCUCAGCCGGGACAUCCAGAGCAGGUCC